AUGUCCUCUAAAGUUCAAUCCAAAGGAUCUGCCAUGUCAGCCUCUCCUCUCUCCAUAGGCUCCAAAGCCAAGGACCAGCAACCCUCAACCCAGGAGAAUCUGCCACCCCCAGAGGCCAACGCUGAGGCCAUCCACUUCCUCAACUCCCUCCGGCAGGAGGAGCUGCUGCUGCUGUUCUUCUCAGAGACUCUGGUCAUGGUCUCGGACACAGGGGAGCCUCAGGGAGAGCUGACCAUUGAGGUGCAGAGAGGGAAAUACAAAGACCAAUCUGGUGUCAUAACGUACUUCCCCUUCGUGCAUGCCUCCAGCCGAGGCUUCGUGGACAAAACACUCUGCGGAAGCUCCCUUCUGGCCUAUCUCUCGUGGAAACUGGAGGUUGUGGAACAACAGAGUCAGGAGUUCAUCAAGUUCCACAUUCUCCCCAUGGAACAGAAGACGAGUUUGCUGAAGCAGGAUGAUCAGCUGGCCAUGACCAGAAUGGUCAAGGAGGGUGAGGAAGUGAAGACCGAAGUGACUUUCUUCCCCAGGCCCUCCAUUGAGGGCUUCGUCUCCCAGGCCGCUAACCUGGUGUUGCUGAGGGUGAUGGCCUGGCGUCACACAGUGCCCAGCAAUGCUCGUUUCCUGGCCUUGGACACUGAAGGCAAACUCUGCUAUUCUACCUACCAAGCCCUGGGCUCCCAGACAAUCCAGGUGGGCCAUCAGCAGGUGGAAGUGUUCAUUGUGGAGCAGACGGUACACUCAGAACAAGGCAUCCCCAUGUCCUGCCAGUUUUACCUGCUCUCUGAUGGGCACCUGGCCAAGAGGAUCCAGGUGGGCUCCCCCGGGUGCUGCAUGAUCACCAAGGUGCCCGUAUUGAGGGAAGAGGAUGAUAUUGAGCCUCGCCCAGCAUUUAAGAAGAAGCCCCUGGUGUGGGAGGAGGACCUGGAGCUCUACUCGCGGUUCCUGGACCGCAAGGAGGAGCUCCGUAUCAGCCACAACAGCUAUCUACGGCAGCACCCCGAGGCCCAGGCUCUCAUCUCCGACUUCCUGCUCUUCCUGCUGCUGCGCCAGCCGGUCGACGUGGUCACCUUCGCCGCCGAGUACUUCGGCCCCUUCGCCAAGAGACGCCCGCCCACCCCAGCCUUGCGCUCCUCCAACCGGCCCAGCCCUUUCCGCGAGCUGGAGCCGGAGCGCAGCGAGGCCUAG